UCUGUGGGUCUGGCUGUAGCUGUGUUUGUCCUCUACCAGCGCUGGGAAAGGCGCUCCUCCAUCAGCAGCACGCAAAGAAGAAAAUGGAGGACAAGAUGUGGCGGUGAGCGCGCUGCUGCAGACACGCCGGAUUCACAAAAUCUCGUAAUGUGAAGUGUAUGGAUAUGGGUCUGCUGUAAUCAUACACUAUUCCUGAAAGACACACAAACAGAUAUUCUGUUUGAAAAGUAUUGAGUGUCUCCAUCAGCUAUGGAGGAGAAUGUGGGUCCUGAGCUAGCUCAAGUUCCUGAGCCUGAGGCCAGGCAGGAUCCUUUGGAUGCCAUCUCACAAGCUCCCACAACUGUUCUUGAGGAGGAAAAAGAAGACAAAGACCAAGGCAAUGCUGCUCAAGAAGACAGAGUAGAAGAUCCAGAGAAAUCUAAGACUUCCGGUGAGUUCAAGAAAACCUGGGGCUUCCGUCGGACAACUAUCGCCCAACGAGACAUGCCUGGAGAGACGGCAGCAGAGAGCCCUGAUGCCAAGGGUGCUCCGGUGCGCCGAAGUGGAAGGCAGGCCAAGCGUACCGACAAGCUAGAGGAGUUCCUGGUAACAGUGAAACGAGGCCGAGGCGGAGGUAGGCGGAGUGCUCCUCUUCUGCUGGAAGGUGGCGAUCCCCCCUCCCAGACUCCGACAGAUGCAGAGACUGCUUCAGAGGCGAGCUUUGAUGGAAAUGCAGAGGCUAAAGCAGCAGAGAAUAAAGCACCUUCUCCUGCAAAGAAAACUAGGGGACGGAAAAAAGCGGCGGCCAAGGCCAAAACAGUCCAAGCUGGGUCACACAGCGAUGAUGCCAGCUCUGAAAAUGAAGAGGAGGCUGGCGAAGAAAUUUCAAAAGUGGUGCACGAAGAAGUUGUGGCAAUGGUCAGCACAGAAGAAGAAGGCAAGAUGGAGGACUCUGUGAAUGAGCUGAAACCAGAGCAGGAGGCUGUGAAGCAAGACAAAGAUAAUAUCGAGAAGGAGAACAAAGACAAGCCUGAGGAGGAAGCGGCUAACAGACGACCGACCAGAAGCCCUGCUAGAGCUGCUGGGAAGGAACUUACUUCUGCUAAGAGAGAGGUGAAGCCUAAAGCAGGUGCAAAGUCCCGCAAAGGACAGGAAGAGGAGGAGGAUGAUGAAGAUGAAGAUGACGAGUCUUCUUCAAGCGAGUCUGAUAGCGAUGGCUAUGACCCCAAUGCAUUGUAUUGCAUCUGCAGGCAGAAACACAACAAAAGGUUCAUGAUUUGCUGUGACCGCUGUGAGGAGUGGUUCCACGGAGAUUGCGUGGGUAUUACUGAGGCCCGUGGGCGUCUAAUGGAGCGUAACGGUGAGGACUACGUCUGUCCCAACUGCACUGGAAAGAAAGUUCAGACCUCUAAGCCUGCUCCAUCUACAGCAGCGACUGAAAAUGGGAAACGGCUUGUCCCUCCUGUUCGCAAGGCAGAGCCCAGUCCAGCUCCUGUUAGCCAGCCCACAACACCGUCAACUUCAGCUGCUGUCUCUUCUGCUGCUACUAUUACACCUUCUACUCCUAGUGCUGCUCCUUCCACAGGCGAGAAACCAGGGGAAGAUUUGGGAAUUAAGGGGAGGAUAGAGAAGGCCACCAACCCAAGCGGCAAAAAGAAAAUAAAGAUUUUCCAACCGCAGGCAAUUGUGUCACCGGAGGAGUCCUCUCUGCCUAAGUGCAUCGGCCCUGGCUGCGAGAGGGAUGCUCUGCCUGACUCGGUCUACUGUGGGAAUGACUGCAUCCUCAAGCAUGCUGCUGCUGCCAUGAAGACCAUCACCACGGAAAACAAGGAGCCAAAGCCCAAGGAGAAGACAAAGACCAAAACGCAGAAAAAGACACCAGCUAAAUCAACACCCAAGAAGAAUGCGGUCCCAGAGCGGAGGAGUAGCAGAAGGUCCACAGAGUCCUCCAGCAAAGCUGAAGAGGAAUCGUCCGAGUCAGAGGCUCGUGAACAUGAAGAGGAUGAGGAUGAAGAAGACAAACUUGCUGAGGAACAUCCACCACCUCCAGCCAUGUCAUCCUGGUCCAGUGACCAUAAUUACAUUGCAGUAACGCCAGAAAAGACUACACCCAUAUCACCAACUGUGUUAAACAAAGCGUCUACCCAGAAAGAGAAGGAUAAGGAAAAGGAAAAAGAGGAGCAACAUGCACCUGAACCCGAGCCAGAAAAAAAGGAUCCAGCUCCUGUUGAGAAGAAGCCCCCAGUUACAACACCAUCCCCCAAACCAAGCAAGAAAUCCCCAGGCUUGAAGUCAGCCAAGUCUGCUCCUCAGGCCGCACCCAAAGGCAACACCUCUGCAAACAGUGCGAAAAAACAGCCACCACCACCAACUCCACCCCAGACCAAAACACCUAAAUCCAAGAAACCAGGACCACCACCUCCCCCGAUUCCAGUCUUCCCAUCUCCUGGUCCACCUGGAUCAAGGAUCCACGUCACUGGAGCUCUGAGUGUGACCAAGAGCAACUUCACCAUCCCCAAAAAGCAGACCCAGGGUGGAUCCAAAGAGUCUUCAGGAUCUGGAUCUUCUACCACAUCCAGGGCACCUCCUACAUCCCAGCCCGCUGCGUCCCAUGCUCAGCCACCUCACUACAAACCUGCCCAACCUGCACCACCUGCGCUGCCUCCGCAGCCACCUCCCAACAACCAGAUGAGAUCCAACAUCCGCCGCUCGCUCACUGACAUACUGUACAAAAGGGUGAGUGACAGUGAUGAUCUUUCCAUGUCCGAGAGUGAGGUGGGCAGGCUGGCGGUCAGCAUUGAGAAGGAGAUGUUCAACCUCUAUAUGAACACGGACAGCAAGUACAAGAACAAAUACAGAUCUCUGAUGUUCAACCUAAAAGAUCCAAAAAAUAAGGGUCUUUUCUAUCGUGUGAUUGGUGGAGAGGUCAGUCCAUUCCGUCUGGUGAGACUGAGCCCUGAGGAGUUGCUCUCCAGAGAGAUUUCUGAUUGGAGGAAAGUGGAAACCUCUGAGGAUACUAGUGGAAGAUCUCAUUCGGGACAUCCCAAAGCUGGAUCUAGGCAUGAUGCUGCACCCCCUGAUGUGGAUAUGGAGGAGGCUCCUUCCAUGUCUGAUGGAGAUGUAUGUAUUGCUGCAACUUCCCAGUCUCCCCGCUUGGCCUCUGGGGCAGAUCAUCAGGACUCAAAUCCACCCGCCGCACCGUCUCAGGGAUCUAGUUUGGCAGAAAAGAGCAAUGUGGUGCCUGACCUCUUGAGCAGUAUGUUAAAAGACACCACAGCAGAACACAGAGCUCACCUGUUUGAUCUCAACUGUAAGAUUUGCACAGGCCAGAAGUCUGCUGAUGAUGAACCGGCACCUAAAAAGCCCAAAAUGUCUAUUCCUAUUCCUGAAAAGCCUAAAACUGACCCACGACCACCCAAGGUGCCCACAGCACAAGAUUCGUCCACUGCCUCCUACGCUGGCAUUGAGCCCCCUCUGCCCUUCCAGCAGACUGUUAUGGAGGAGCCGAGCAGUGUGAUGCCCGUUGUUCAGCCCGCUGUAGCCGCUCCUGCAGUGUCCUCGGUCACGAUAACCCGCCGAGACCCCCGUACUGCCAGUCACCGUUCCUCCGCACCUUUGUCUCAGACGAGUCCAGAUGUGGCAGUUCCCACUGCUGCACCAAUCAGUACUACGACUGUUGUAGUCCCUGUUGUGUCUGCUGAACCUCAUGUGGUGGAGAUGAAGGGUCCAUUGCCCAUGCCACCACCAGCUCCCAUAUCUGUGCCUAAACCCAUAAUUGCAAAGCCAGUCUCUUCAACAGAAUCCCGACACCACAGGGGCAGCACGUCCAGCACAUCUGAGCCCCCUCCAGAAGGUGAGACGGCUCUGUUUCUCUCAGGACAAGAAAUGAUGUGGAAAGGAUUCAUUAACAUGCACACUGUUGCCAAGUUUGUUACAAAGGCCUACAUGGUGUCUGGGACUUUUGAGCAUCUCAAGGAGGAUUUGCCUGAUACCAUCCACAUUGAUGGUAGAAUAUCACCGCACACAGUUUGGGACUAUGUAGGCAAACUGAAGACUUCACUCUCAAAAGAGCUGUGUCUUAUUCGUUUUCAUCCAGCAACCGAGGAGGAAGAAGUGGCAUACGUGUCCCUGUUUUCGUAUUUCAGCAGCCGCAAGCGUUUCGGCGUGGUGGCUAAAAACAACAAGCGCAUCAAAGACCUCUACCUCAUCCCUCUGAGCUCAAAGGACCCAUUGCCUUCUAAACUUUUACCUUUCGAUGGGCCAGGUCUGGAGCCCGCUCGUCCCAAUCUCCUUCUUGGGCUUUUAAUUUGUCAAAAAGACAAAAAACGAACUGGAACUCCCCUAGAAAAUGAGGAAAAACGUUCCAAAACACUACGAGACGAAGAGACUGGUCUUCCAAAGCCAAUUCCCAUUAGCAAACCUGACAAACCUUUGCGAACCAGUUUGGACUCUGUAAGCACAACACCUCCUGGAACUCCACCCCCCCUCAGCAGCUCAGAGUCCUCAGUAGCUCCACUAGCUGCAGCGUCUUCUGUGUUUUCUCUUUUGGCAUCUGUCAAGGCACCUGCUGUCUCCACAAAUACAGGCAGUAAUUCCCCCUCAACUACCGCUGCUUCAGCAGCGCCUGCCCCCAAUGCAACCCCACUUCAGACCAUCCUAAAGACACUGUUUGGUAAGAAAAAGCAAGAUUCCGAAGCUUCCCAGUCACCUUCAGACCAAAGUUUGGCUGAUGUUUCGGUGCCAUUGUUGGAUCCAAUUGUCCAGCAGUUUGGAGUUACCAAAGUGAAAAAAGUGGACGAAGAAGAGGAUGACAGACCCUAUGACCCUGAGGAGGAAUAUGAUCCCAGUGUUGGGUACGAUACAGAAAAGCCCAGUGAUCCUGUAGUACCUGUGAUGAUCAAACAGUCAGAAACGGUGACUCCUGCGAUGGACGAUGUUGCCUACGACCCUGAAGAUGACUCCAUUUUUGAUGACGUCAAAGUUGAUCCAAAGUUGAGUUUGAAGAAGCAGGUAGAGGAACAAGAAGAAUUGAAGAACCAGCAACAGCAGGAACCUGAUGCGUUAGUUUCCCAGCCUACUAUAUCUCUCCUAGGCAACAGUCAACUGGUUCAACUUGGCAAGAAGGUUGAAGAGUUGGUUUCAAAAACUUCAGCAAAUCCAGUGAUCAAUCAGAGAAGGGAUCCAAGGCAGAGCAGGGACCCUAGACAGUCAGCUUCCAGUCGGAGACCAACAUCUGAUUCAGCAGAAAAGGAAGACUCCUCUGAAAUUACUUCAGAUAUUAUUACUACUGGUAGUACUACAUUUCCUGCAAAUGAAGCUGCUUCUGCUGCUGCUACUACAAUAGCAGAAAAAUCACCAAUUGAUAUUGCAGCAAUCCUAGAUACAUUGACAUCACAGAAACCUAAAGUCAUAGAUGUUCCCGUACAGCCGUCUUCUGUGGAUGUAAAAGAAGAACCCUGUGCAACCACAGAAACACAAUCAGAAAAUGAUAAGCCAUUGGAUCCAGAUACCCAACAAGAGACACCCAAGCAAGAGGAAGAAGAGUCAAAAAGUGAAGAGGUACCUUUUCUUGAUACAGACAGCACAGAAAUUUCCAUUCCACUUUUAGGGGAGAAGAUAGACCCUGACUUGGUUGAUAGUUUUGUAGAUACAGAACCGGAAACUAAACCAAAUCCUAAAGAAAAGGAGGGUCCUAUUGAAUCAGAAGGCAAACGAUUUGAAGAUAUUUGGCCUAAUUCUGCCAGCAUUCUAAAAGCAGAACCUUUACCUGUUGAGGAGCCUGUUGAAUCUACUCCAACUACAUAUUACAGUAUUUCAACAAUCAGCACCUCGUUAACCUCUGUUGGAGGAUCACAAGACAUCACUCAAGUUAGUUCCUCAUACAUGGAUUCACAUUUACCCCAUGUGCAACACAUGACUUCAUCAAACUCUCAAAAUGAGUACAGAGGCCCUCCAGACAUUCCUCCUCCAAUGUCUUAUCAGCCACCAGUUGGACCUCCACCCAUGCUUGGGCCACCGCUAAUGACUGUUCCACCACCCAUGCAUAUUCCUCCUCCAAUGCAGGGCCCUCUUCCAAUGCAGGGCCUUCCUCCAAUGCAGGGUCCUCCUCCAAUUCAGGGUAUUCCUCCAAUGCAGAUGCCCCCACAACUGCAAGGCCCACCUCCAACUCACAGAGAACCUGAGCUCUCUCAAUAUCCACCACCUGCCCCAUAUCCACCUUAUCAAAAUCAGUGGGGAAACAAUGCAUCAUUUGAUGCUUCAAGAGGACCACCCCCACCAAUUAUUACACCUCGGGGACCUCCUCCACAGAUGCCACCAGUGGGUCAGAGAGGACCUCCACCACAAAUGUUCAAUAGUAAUAUGCCCCCACAACCUCAUGUGGGACCACGGGGCCCACCUCCUGGUCCACCACCCUCUUCUGCAGCACCACCCCCAAGUUUUGAUGGACAAAGAUUUAAUGGUCCUCCACCACCUUUCAACUUUGCAGGACCCAGGGGCCCACCUCCAUUUGCAGGUCCCCCUCCUGGCCACUUUGACAACAGAGCACCACCACCAUCUCACUUCCCUGGGCCAAGAGGCCCACCUCCACACCACAAUAUUGUAGAGCAUGGACCACCCCCUAACAUCCCAAGGGGACCUGGUGAUCAGUAUGAUAAUGAGGGUGGAAGUUCCUACAAGCAGGGAAUGGAACAGCCCCAAGCCCAAAACACACCACACAGUUACAGAGAGAAUCAGGGUCCCACACAUGGCCCUGCCUUUAGAGGGCCUCCACCAAACCACUUUGAAGGACGAAGAGGUCCAUCUGGAGGGGAUUUGGCAGGGCAUAGAUUCCCCCCUCCAAACCAGUUCCGUGGCUCCCCACCACAUAGAGGAGGAUCGUUUGAUGAACCAAGAGGAGGGUUAACCCAAGAGUUCGAGAGAACCAGAGGUCCUGCACCCCAGCCAUUUGGUGGGCCUAGAGGUCCUCCACCAGGACACUACUCUGAUAAAGAUGCAGGAGGCCAGUCUUCACGCUACCACUUUGAAGAACAUGCAAAUGACAUUAGGCCUGUACGAGGACCUCUGUUACCUACGCCUUCUGAAGGUCCCAUCUCAAUGCCUCCUCGCUUGGGUGGCCACAGCCCAGAGUCCCACCGUGAUGACCACUGGAGAAGACACUCCCCAGAAAUGAGGAGGCGCAGUACCUCUACUAGGGACGGUUCUGAACCUCAAGAGAGGUCCAGUAGGUUUGACAGUGGUCCCCGUGACCGAGAGGGCCCAUCUAGGCUCUCUGAAGAAAGACACAGAGAUUUGUCAGAGGACCGGAGGAGAGACAGAGAGCGGGAUGGACCACAUGGGGGCAGGCCUUGGGGCUGGAAUAGAGACCGUGAAUCUGAUCGUGGCAGAGAGCGAGAAGGAGACCGUGGCAGGGAGCGAGAACGAGAGCGGGAUCGCAGCCGUGACAGGGAACGAGAGAGGGACCGCAGCCGCGACAGGGAACGAGAGAGGGACCGUAGCCGGGACAGAGACAGGGACAAGGAUCACGAUCGCACCAGGGACAAUCAAAGGGAGAAAGAACGCAGUAAGGAAAGAGAUCGCAGUAGAGGCAGGGAUGCUGAUCGACACAGAGAAGGUGAUGGAGACAAAAGGAGGGAUCGGGACCGCGAACGAGACAGAGACCGUGGCAGGGAGCGAGAAUUUGACAGAAAGGAUCAUGACCGAGACAGGACAAAGGGCAGAGAACGAGACCGUGACAGUAGAGACAGUAGAGAUAAAAGACGAGAACGCUCAAGAAGCCGUGAACGAGACCGUGGAAAAGACCGAGACCGACGUGACAGGGACAGAGACCGGGAAAGGGAGAGGGACAACAGAGAUAGGAGGGAGAGAAGUAGAAGUAAAGAGAGAAAGGAAGAGCGUAGAGAAAAAUCAGAGGCUUCGAAGGACAUUGAGAGACCUGCUGAUAUGGAAAGCGCAUCUUAAAUUUCUUGUUCUGGUCUCUUUUGUAUUCACAACGGUUUUGACAAGUUUUGAUACUCGCAGUUUUAUUUCCAAAAACUGAUUUGCAUGGAUUGAAAAGUAUUCUAUAUGUGCAGGUUUUUUGUUUUUUUUUGCCCACUUCCCUGCUCUUCCUCCUUUUUUCCCCCCUCCCUUCUCGGUACCCAAUCGAUCUCUUCACUGCAUAUUUUAUGUUUUUCUUUUAUUACAUUCAAAAACAGGUCUUGAGACUUUCCGUUAAAUAUCCUGUUAAAGUGACAGUGCCGUAUCAUGUUGACACACAUGCUCCCUUCCUGUUAAAGUAUAUUUUAAGAGUACAUAAAAUAACUUUAAUAAACAAAGACAUGUAAAUAUGUAUGUGUGUAUAUACAGGUAUGUUUUUAACGUGUUUUUUUUUCUAACUAGAAGAUUGAAGCCAUAUAGCUUUGAUUCAUGUAUAAUAAAAAAGAAAAAAAAUUCUGAAUGUAUUUCAACGGUAACACUUGUUUAGCAUUGAAUCAAUAAUAUACCUGAAGGCUGUAAUAAAUCAGCUGUCCAAUAAGCUUUGUCUGGUUUUCUUUGAAACCUCUAAUAAACCCUUCUUUGUAUGA